GUUUUCCUUUCUCCGGCAUCUGAACUCUAUAAGAUCUCAAAGCCCAGAAACUCAUGUUGAAAGAUCGGGACGUCUGGCUGGGUGUCUUCUUUAGAAACAAAAAAAAUCUUAGCGCUUGACAAAAGCCGCCAUCAUGAUUAAAUGCGACAGUAGAAAGCUGAUCCCUAAUCUUCUGGAAAUUGAUAAAAACCUGGGAAGCGAAGAUUUGGAGGCUAUUAAGUUUUUCUGCCGUGAUUUCAUCCCCUGGAAGAAGUUGGAAACUGUGCAGUCGGCACACAAUCUUUUCCAUUAUCUCAUGAACGAAGACAUACUAAAUGAGGAGGACAACUUUAUAGUAGCAGAACUUCUUUACAGAAUUAAGAACAUCAGCCUGCUGGCGAAGCUUGACUAUACCAAAGAUGCAGUGGAAAAAGAUCUGCAUCGGAGAGGGAGGGUAUCUGCAUAUCGGCAGAUGCUGUAUGAUUUGUCAGAAGGGUUCACUAAGGAAAAUGUGAAGACUGCUGUGUUCUUUCUGAUGAACCAUAUCCCAAAGAAGCAAUCCACUGAUUCUGCUCUAGAACUGUUGAUUUGCCUGGAGAAGCAAUGCCUUAUAUCGGAGACCAAUAUCUCUCUGCUGGAAGAAACCUGUCAGAAGAUAUCGCCCGAACUCCUGAAAAUACUGGCAGCAUAUAAAGAAAGACAAGAGCCUAAAGAACAAAGCAUGGAAUCUCUGCCCUCUCCUGGUGCUGGUGGAUUUUAUUUACUCAAGGGACUCUCUGUCAAUGACCCACCAAGAAAUCAUUAUCCCCGCAUCGAAGAAUCUGGGAGCAUGAGGGAGUAUGCUGGAAGUCUGUACUCCUUUGGUGCAAGUCAAGAUUUAAAAGCUGGAAAUGUACAAGAGCUGAGUUUGCAACAGCCUGCAGGACAGGAUCAGCUGAAACUAGCAGAGGAGUCUGCUCUCUAUAAAAUGAACAGGCCUCGCAGAGGAUAUUGCCUUAUUUUUAAUAACGUCUAUUUCAAGGGACAUUUGAAACCCAGAGCAGGAUCUCAAAAAGAUGCCAUGGAAUUGGAAAGUGUGUUCAAAUGGCUUGGGUUUGAAGUGAAAAAAUAUGAUGACAAGACAUCAGACGAACUUCUCCGACUUCUAAACGACUGGCAGUCUUCUGAAUACUGGAAAGACAGUGAUUGUCUUGUGUGCUGCAUUCUGUCUCACGGCGAAUCUGGGAAAAUUUAUGCGACAGACGGCUGUCUCAUCUCCAUCAAUAAAAUCACAUCUUUCUUCACAGCCAAACAAUGUCCUUUACUGGCUAAGAAGCCCAAACUGUUUUUCAUCCAGGCUUGUCAAGGUAGCAAGCCGCACCAACCUGUUUACCUUGAAGCAGACAAUCACGAGUCGGGCUCCCCUGGAGCAGAUGCCCAAACUUCAGGAUUUAUUCCGACACAACAGCAGAUGACCUCAAGCAUCCCCGAAGAGGCAGACUUCCUCCUUGGCAUGGCCACAGUGGAUGGUUAUUUUUCUUACCGUGAUGUGCAGCGUGGCACAUGGUUCAUUCAGGUCCUCUGUGAGAAGCUGCGGGACCUGGUUCCAAGGCGUGAAGAUAUCUUGUCGAUUCUUACGGCAGUCAAUGAUGACGUGAGCAAACGUUCAGACAAAAAUGGACUAAAGAAGCAGAUGCCACAGCCAGCUUACACUCUCAGGAAGAAAUUAAUAUUCCCAGUGCCUAGUGAUCCUGCUCCUGUGUCAAAACAGCUGUAGGGUUUUUGCUGUGGGUCGCUGACUGCUUGACAAGUGCUCUUGGUUUUUGAAAGAGUAAAGAAAGCACGCUCCUGCUUUUCAAAUAAUCUUCCCCAUGCUUUGAGCAUCCCAAAGAAUUCAGCUGACGCCUGGAAUGUACAUAGGAAUAGUGAACAAGAAGUCAUCUCAUGUUCUCUUCAAUGGAAGUGCAGAUUGUACUUCAGCUGCCCAUGUACCAUAUUCACGCAUUUCUAGAUAAGUGUGUGCAAAUGGCAUAGUCAUCAUGUAUACAUGCUCCCGCCCUCAAAGAACCGUGCAGGUUUCGGCAACUCUGAACUAAAGAGAUCUUUGUCUGCUUCUACAACUGCCGCCACAGAAGGAUCCUCUUGGCUGGUGUGGGUCAAUCCUGCCUUAAUGCCUGAUAAAAUAGUUAGCUUUUUCUUAUGAGUAACAGGAAAA